AGUACGACAAAUGAGAGUUACGUCCCUUGCCUAUCGAUUGGUGAUCCUCCCAUCCUUGAGGAAUUUCUCAAGACCUUUUGAAGCAUGGCGGAGUGUGAGGCAGUCGAGUCUGAGAUCAGACACGUUCUAAUCACUGGUGCACGAGGUGUGGGCAAGACAACCGUAUUACAGAAAGCCUGCGAGGAAUUGGAGAAACAGGGUUUUGCACUUCAUGGAUUUUACAGGGAAAAAGUUCGACAUUUUGGUCGAGGAAAAGGCUAUGAUGUGGUCAGCCUGAACAAAGAAAGGGCAAAGCUGUCGCGAGUGGACGACGAAGGAGGUUUCCUCAACCGUCAUGAUCCGAACCGAAGUGGUCGCUAUCUCGUGCAAGUGGAAGAGUUCGAAGAAUUCGUUUUGCCUCUGUUGCAUGCUAGCAAUACCGGAAUAACUGUUAUAGACGAAAUCGGAAAAUUAGAAGCCUACAGCCGAGGAUUCCACCAAGCCGUGCUCAGUCGGUUGGACGAUCCACGCUCGAAAGUUUUCGCCACGAUUCCGGCGAGAAAAGGACGACCCAUUCCUUUGGUGGAACAAGUACGGAACCGAACGGAUGUAAAGAUUUUUACAGUAACCAAAGAGAAUCGCCACGGCAUUCUGUCGAACGUUCUAAGUGUAAUGAAAAAAAUUGCUUCUGAAAAUUAAUUUUCGUGAAAGAAUUCUCCAUUUACACUGAAGUUGUAUAAUAUAUGUAAGUAUAUAUUGCUUGGACGGAUCAUGGUCGAGACAGCCAAAAAAAAAAAGAAUCAACAACACUCCCUUUCGUCUCAACUUCAAAAUCUCUCGUUAUAUCUAGACGAAUUGUUACCCUCUUCUCUCUAUACUUCUUACAGCCUUUUUCAUCUCAUUUUUUCCUCGCUUCCCAACCAUCUUUCUUUGACAUUGCAUCUAUGUGUCUGUCUCUCUUUCUUUCUUUCACACACCCAUUUUCUAUUAUCCCAAACGAGAGGUACCCGCAUUGUUAUUGACUACACGGAACACUAACUGCAAAACAAAUGUCAAUUGUACAGUGUUAUUACUGUUUUAUUAUCAGAAAGAUUGUUGCUGGCACGAAUCGGUAAAACACCAAACAAAAUACUUUUUGGAAUUGAACUUUUUUGUGUUCUGAAUCCAAACUAUGUUGGAGAUCGAUAGUAUCGAUCUCAGUAGUAUAUUGAUAUCAAUGUAAUUAAUUGCUAACGCACUGGCGUACAUUCGUGGCGCCGUCACUGCUAAUGCUCCUGACUACCAAAUUUAGGACCCGGUUUCAAUUUCUCUCUACAGAUCAAUAUUUGUAUAUUUUGCUCUCAAGAUUUUUAUGGCUUGAACGAAUCAGAAUUGCUCAGCAGAACUUUUUAACAUUCCCCCAUGUCAACUAUAAUAAAAGCCAGAGCACAGACAUAUCCACUUACGAUCCAACAUACAGGUUUUUUUUUAUGUUCUUGUACACACACAAACUGGAUAAAAGACCAUUACAAAAACCGGAAAUCAUUGAAAAAGAAAAAGCUCGAAAUUCCUGGAA